CCAUAACUAUGACAGUGAGAAUUCUUUUACAGCUUAUUUUUCCGAAUUUUAAGUCCCUGAUAUUCAUGGUAAUCAUAUCACCAGAUUUGCCCCAUUUCACAUAACAUCAUUUUGUCACCCUUGCAAAAUGGCCGACAAGCAAAAGAGCGAAUAUUGGAUGGAAAGUCAGGGGGAGCGCAGGCGUUUGGCUGGUAACCAUUUCAUAGCGAAAGAUGCCAUGGGUGGUAAACUCGUUCGCGCGCCCGUCGAUUUCACCAAGCCAGUCAAAGUCCUUGAUAGUGGCACUGCAGACGGAACGUGGCUCCUCGACUUAGCAUUUUCUCUUCCUUCUCUACCCGUCGGUGCGCACGAGUUCGUCGGCACGGACCUCAACCCCGCCCCCUUUCCCCCCUCACCUCCGCCAAAUGUGUCCUUCGCGGUCCACGACAUCAAGCAGCCGUGGCCCGAAUCCGAGCGCGGCCAAUACUCGCUCGUUCACCAGCGCCUGACCCUCCUCGGCGCCGGCGGGGCCGGCGCCGCCUCCGUCUCCCACCUCUACUCCCUCCUUAAGCCCGGCGGCUGGAUCCAGCUCUGCGAGGCGACCAUGGUCUUUCCGCCCGAGAUCGUCAACGACGAGCGCACGCCCGCGUACUCCGAUCUGCUCCGGCUAAUGAAAAGCGUCGCGGAGCACGUAGGCGCCGAGUGGGAGCUCGGCGGGACUUUGAGAGGUUUGUUGGAGGGUGUGGGAUGCACGGAUAUCGGCGAGGAGGACGUAGUGCUGAAUAUGGGCCGGACGAAUAAAGACGACAGCUUGUGCGAAGACGGUGUUCGGGGCUGCGGGAUUGCUGUCGAAGGAUUGUCGAAGUUUGCAAAGACGUUCCCACCAGAGAAGCAACCUCUACCAGCCGAGAGGUAUGAGACCUUGAGGGCGGAUUUGGAGAAGGAACUUAAUGAAAAGGGGGCAGUCUUUCCCCUCAAGGUAGUUUGGGGGCGAAAGCCAGAGUAGACACUACGCAUAAUUAGCAGUCGCUAGCAAUAAUGUAUCAAGGCACUUAUUAAGUACAUUAUGGAUGUUCGACCCCUUUAACUUAGAUGU